CCGAGUUGGGCGCGGCAAAUGGGGCGGGGCCUGCUGGCGGCAGUACUUGUAAGCCGCGGGACGUCGCUCUGUAGACGCUCGGCUGCGCUCGGAAGCUGCAGGAGCUCUUCGAGUCCGGAGUUGGGAGAAGCGUAGCCAUGUUACCCUACGCGGCGUGCAGCGCGAGUCGGAGGCUGGCCCCGGCUCUGGGCAUCCUGGGCGUCCGGCAGAAGCACAGCCUCCCCGACUUACCCUACGACUAUGGGGCCCUACAGCCUCACAUUAACGCCGAGAUCAUGCAGCUGCACCACAGCAAGCAUCAUGCAGCCUACGUGAACAAUUUGAACAUCGCUGAGGAGAAGUACCAGGAGGCGCUGGCCAAGGGAGAUGUCACAGCUCAAGUAGCACUUCAGCCUGCACUGAAGUUCAACGGUGGAGGUCAUAUCAAUCACAGCAUUUUUUGGACAAACCUGAGCCCUAAUGGUGGUGGAGAACCCAAAGGGGAAUUGCUGGAAGCCAUCAAACGUGACUUUGGUUCCUUUGACAAGUUUAAGGAGAAGCUGACAGCUGUGUCCGUUGGUGUCCAAGGCUCUGGGUGGGGCUGGCUCGGUUUCAAUAAGGAACGAGGAUGCUUGCAAAUUGCUGCCUGUUCUAACCAGGAUCCACUGCAAGGAACAACAGGUCUUAUUCCACUGCUGGGGAUUGAUGUUUGGGAGCAUGCUUAUUAUCUUCAGUAUAAAAAUGUUCGGCCUGAUUAUCUAAAAGCCAUUUGGAAUGUAAUCAACUGGGAGAAUGUAACUGAAAGAUAUGUAGCUUGUAAGAAGUAAAUCAUCAGUAUACUGAGUGUGUUAAGCUCUUUAUGACUACUAUGACUAUUUUUGUAAUAGCAUAGAGUACUGCAGUGUACUAGUAAGCUGCUAUAUUAUAGCAUUGAUUGAUGUUGCUUACUCACAUGUUUCAUAAUUUAAUGUUAUGAAUAAUUUCUCAUUUUCCAAUUAGGCAACUUUGAAAAUAGUAAGUACUUCAUGUGAUUUAGUCUUUUUUUAAAAAUGUGAUUUAGUCUUGAUUGAACAUUUUAUUUAAGAGAGUGACAGUUGGUACAUUACUAUGUCCUUAUAAAACCUUCAAAAAUAUUCCAGACAGUUUGGGGUCUGUCAUCCUGUUCUGAUACAGUUACAGAAAAUCUAGUCUUUCCCCCAGUUGCUUAACAAUAAAAUAGAAAACAAUAUUUUCCGUUUCUAUUGAAAAGUGCUCUUUUUGUAGGUAAUUUUCUGUCUGGUGGUACUUCUGGUAGAUAUCACCUAGUGGGCCUCAGUAUGGUCACAUGUCCACCCAGUUAAUGCCAUUUCGUUAUUCAAAAGCGUGAAACUUGUGGCUGGGAAUAUAGCUUAUGUGGGAUGUUUUUUCUUACUAUGCACAAAGCCUUGGGUUUGGUCCUCAACACUGUAGAUGAACAAACAUCUCUAAAACAAGCCCAUGUAACUUAAUUGUUAAUUAAGAACCAUUUUAUUAUUAGGAGGUAAUUAUGCAUUUGAGUUUUUCUAGGGGCAGAAAUACAAACAACUUCAUGUGAAUUUUGUCUUUAAACAUAGAAAUGUAUAUUGUAUAAAAAUGCUCAAGAGGGACAAAUGAGGCCUGAUGGAUAGUAUCAUCAAUAGUGGGAACUGGGCCAUAGGACAUUGCCCUGCUUCCGGGCAGGGGUGCAUUACUGUGCAUCCCUUUCAUGAAAACUAGACCUGGGCCAGAUACUCUCUUUCAGUAGAGGCAAAUAUUUAUCUCUGAAUAAGGUCAGCAGUGUCUGUCUCAGCAUUUAUUUUCAAAGAUAUACUCUUGAUUUAUUCUGUCCUUUGAGAUUUUUUGUUUUGUUUUCUUUUAGAGAACUUAUAGCCACUGUAAAAGCUCUAUAUUUUUCAAUAAAGGAAAAAUGAUGCCUAUAAUAAGCAA